AUGCUAUUGACGAACACACGCAAAGGGAAUCGAGGAAUUUGCAUGCUGAGGAAUAAACAAAAUAAGAACCACUUAAGUAGCACUUUCAAUUUUAUUACUCACCUUGAGAGGAACAGGGACUUGAAGAAAUAUCCAAUCCAUGUGCUAAAGCUUGCAGGUGGUAGACUUGAACAAAAAAAGGGGACAAAUAAAAGGGGUCAUUUUCACCUGAACGUUCAGAAAAAAAAGAGAACACACGUUUUGGUAUUAUUAUUACAUAUGAUGUGUGUACAGAAAAGUAACAUGUCUGGAAAGGAAGAAAAUGGUUCCACAUAUGGUCUAGAUGGUGACUCUACAAUCGGUCAAGAUGGUAAAGCAAAGUGUCAAAAAAAUGGUUACGACAUCCCUUUGAAAUCAGAACCGAGAGAAGAAAUAAAAAGCCAAGUUAUUAAGAGAGAGAACACUACAAAGGAGGGUACUUUUGUGAAGAACAAAGCAAUUUGUAAGAAAGGGAAAAAAGGAUCCAACCAAAAAGUAAAAACAAAAAAGAAGGAGACAAAGAAAGAACCGGGAAAAGCAGGACAUAGUGUGGUGACCUACCCUCCAAUCCCCCAAAGCAUGGACGAAUUGUGGAAUGAUUUUGAAAGAAUAAAAGUAUAUGCAAAAACAACAAAUGUAUAUCUUGGAGCACAUAUAUCAGCAGCAGGUGGAGUACAGAAUGCACCAAUAAAUUCAUUCAAAGUUGCUGGACAAGCAUUUGCUUUAUUUUUAAAAAAUCAAAGAAAAUGGGAUAGUCCAGGAUUAUCAUCAGAUAAUAUAAAACAAUUUGAGGAAAAUUGUAAAAAAUAUAAUUUGGACACCAAAUAUAUACUACCCCAUGGUUCAUAUUUAAUUAAUUUAGCCAACCCAGAUAAAGAAAAAAGAGAAAAAUCUUAUUCAUCAUUUUUAGAUGAUGUAAAAAGAUGCGAACAAUUAAAAAUAAAACUUUAUAAUUUCCAUCCAGGAUCAACUACUGGAUUAUGUUCUCUAGAAGAAGGAAUUAAAAAUGUUGCAGAUUGUAUUAAUAGGGUUCAUAAAGAAACAUCUGAUGUUGUAAUAGUUCUUGAAAAUUCAGCUGGACAAAAAAAUUCUGUUGGAUCCAAAUUUGAAGAUUUGAAAAAAAUUAUUUUACAAAUUGAAGAUAAAGAAAGAAUUGGAGUUUGUCUAGAUACAUGUCAUACCUUUGCAGCUGGGUAUAAUAUAAAGUCAUAUGCAGAUUUCGACAAUGUAAUGAAAAAAUUUGAUGAAAUUGUAGAUGCAUCUUAUUUAAAAGCUGUUCAUUUGAAUGAUUCAAAAUCAGAUAUUGGUAGUGGUUUAGACAGACAUGAAAAUAUUGGAAAGGGUAAGUUAACUUUGGACACCUUCAGGUACAUUAUGACAUCUAACUAUUUUAAAAAAAUUCCCAUAAUUCUUGAAACUCCAGAUGUCACUAAUGAUGAAUCUGUUUAUAAGUAUGAGAUACGCUAUCUUUACGAGUUAGGACUCAAGCAAGAUUCCCUUGCACAUGCAGGUGGACUAGAGACGAAGUAA